CUCCGUCAAGUAUACUACUUAUUGUGUGCUUAGAUUCGCGUCGUGUUCGCUCAAUUGUGGCAUCGCGGUGUUGUAUUUUUAUCUUUUCAGUUUCGUAGUUUUUCGUCAUUUAUUAGGAACCUAGCGGCUUGAUAGUAUUUUUUUUUGUAUACGACAUUCAAACAACGUUUUGUUGUUUGGCUAUUCUAUACUGUCAGCAGUUAGACACCUUAUUGGUUCUGUCAUCGAGUUUUGCAUACACAUAGUUGGGAAGUAAAUUGCUCACGAGACGAGCGGUGUUAGUUCUGUGUUGGAAUGGUAUGUUUCAAAGUAACAAUCAACAAGUGAAUGAUCAUUCCAUGGAUUCAUAUUCGUUGGGUGUUCCAAUUGUUUUACUCGAAAAUAUAUUGUAGUGUUGGUCGGAGAAAAAAAAUCAUUUCAAUAAAAAGUGCUGUGCUAUAUGAAGUAAUAAAAACCAUUUAUAUCCGGCUUCAGUAAAUAUUUAGGAGUCAACGCUGGAUGAAAAGUGCUUGCGAAGAAGCGUACCUGUGUUUUAUUACAAGUUUGUUGCAUGAAAAGUAGUGGAAAAGUUCAACCACUCACACCAGCCCGACGAUUGAGUUCCGCAGUCGAGCUAGCAACUUUGCAAAAGUCGAAGAGAAGCCCAUAAGUAGAGGAAUACGAUCGACCGAGGGUUAGCCAGCCGUAGUAGGAACCAGUACAACCGAUACCUUUAACACCACCACAUACAGCGCCGUUGGUGUGACUGACUUGGAAGUGACGGCGGUGGCAAGCAAGCGGAAAGUUGAAAAUCAACUUUUGCAGACCCCAGAGCCCAGCGUCAAGCAGUUGGAAGCAACCGAAGCAGAAGAGACCUGGCUCGGCCAUUUCUUGUUUGAAAUUCUUCUUCAUACACCGUUAGUAUAGAGCAAGAUUGCACUACCGGGAUGAUGGCUCCAUCCCCCUCCAAGAGUACUAAAACGCAACAUCCGUCCUUCAUAAUAACGACGGACUCGGUAGACUCGAGUCCGGUGCCGUCCAGUCCACCCAGUACAGAUGCUCCCAAAUCACAAUGUUCAUCCUUGUCAGAUGGCGAGUCCUUCGAGUGCUACGGAGAAAAUGACAUCUCUGUUUCCGAGAACGGGGGUGUCGAUCUGGAACUCGCCCCGACUCUGAACUCCACUGCAAUUGGAGAAAACAACAUCAACAACAACAACAACAACAACAAUAGCAACACAACUGGUAUUACUAGACACACAUGGAGCCGCAUGAGCUUACGUGGUGCGCCUAAAAGCAACAAUAAUGAUAAUCUACCGAACAGACGUUGGGGCUCGAUGAGACAUUCCGGAAAAAGACAGCUAGGAUCCAAUGCCUUAGCCAAUCACCUCUACAGAUCAUCGAGUUUCAACUCGUCCGGCCGGAGCUCAAACUGUGAUACAGCAGAAGAUAUGUAUAGCGAUGUAAGUUUGGAGGACGUGCAAGACUUAAAUCAUAAGCUAGAGAUAUUACAACGGCAAGUGACGAACCUGGCGGAUACACAGAACAAUGUCGAAGAUCGCACCAGCCGGACGAAGGCGGAGUACGCGGUGCUGCAGGCCCGUUAUCACAUGCUGGAAGAACAGCUAAGAGAGACCGAACUGCGAGCUGAGGAACGCCUUGCUGAAGAGCAGAAGCGACACCGGGAACUGUUGGCCCGUGUCGAACGGGAAGCUAAACUACAGAAUGAAAAUUGCCAGAUCCGGAUACGGACGAUUGAGAUGGAAGCGAACCAGCUGCGGGAGGAAAUUUCCCGGUUGCGGUUACAGUGCGACAAACAGGCCGCAGAUUUGCACGCCACCGAAGAUAAGCUGGAGAAGACGCGAGAUAGUCUGAUGGUGUCCCAGCAGGAUCUCGCCGAGGCCAAAGCCAACGAGAAGAAACACAAAGCCGAUAAACAGGCAGCCGAAGACCUGAUGGUUGAAUUAGGCAAAGAAUGUGAGCGCUUGCGUUCGGAGCGUGGCCCAGCGCUGCCAACCACCUCACCCGAAUCUCUUCGGUUGGAGGAACUACACCAGGAAAUGGAUGAACUGCGACAGAAGAACAAACAGCUGGAGGAAGCGAACGAAGAAUUGCAGGCAGUGGUACUGACGAAGGGUGUUGAAGAGGGUCGGAAUCUAUUGAAUGGAACAUCCAACAGUCUCGCACAGGAACUGGAAGCUAUGAGCCAAAAUCAGGAUACCGUCGAUUCGAGCACAUUAGCGUCAUUAACACAGCUCCAGAUCGCGUACCAGGACAAAGAAGAGGAAAAUCGUCGACUGAAGCACUACAUCGAAACAAUGCUGCUCCAGGUGGUCGAGCACUAUCCGCAACUGUUGGAGGUUAAAGCGGCAUGAGCGACAAAGUGUUUGAACGGCGGUAACUGCGAAUACGACGCUAUAACGCCGGUGCGGUGUGAUAUCGAGUGAACGUAGAACAAAUGCAACAAACCCAGCUACUUUUAAGAGAGAGAGAAAAACACAUCAUAAUGUUAAACCAACCCCCACCCCCCCUUUAGGAGUCCUUUGACCGUGGGCCGUGUUUUAAAUAUGUAGAAUGUAGCAAACCAUCCCGUUGUUCUUUAUUUUGCUGAGCUCUAGUUACAGUCCGAUCCUUUACGUAAUCAUCUGUAAGAAGCAGGUUCGAAUAUUUAAAUUAUCGAUAGGUUUGUUAACUGGCAAGUUGAAGAAACAUCUUACGAGCAAUAUAUUUUAUAUGUAUUUAGAACUUAGGAACUAAACACAGCUUAGCGAGUAGGUUCUAUUCGUGUUUAUGUUGAGAGAAAUAUCUUUUUAUAUUUGUAUUUUACAUGAAUCAAUAUUUUCUUUUAUCAACACAAGUGUUUUACCAGUUUACAGUAGCUAGACUGUAUGUGUUCGAUGCAAACGAAGGCGAAAAACUUUUUCUGUAGAGUUGAUUAUUCUUCAAAUAGUUUUCGAAAAAGAGGCAUGCGAUAUUCAAAUCGAAUUAAUUGCCCAACAGUUUAUGCAGUGAUAUGAAACCGAAGCCUUUACCAAUAUUGCUCCACGAUUCCGAUUUUAAAAUCAAGCCUAAUGACUGUACAGAAUUGUGAAACUGGUGCUUAAAGUGAACCUUAUCAUGUGACAACUCUCGGUUUUCAAGUUUAUUUUCAACUUGUACUUCAGAAGAUGUAUGAAAUCCGGAAAUCAAUAUUUUGUAAAUAGUUCUUCAUCAUGGAAUAGGAAUUUGCGUAUUAGUUAAACAAAAUUCGAUAUUGUAAUCAUGUUAUCAGUAAAGCAUCGAAACGAAAAUUUUGGCUUGUUUCUUCGUUUAGGUUGGUUGAUCACUUGCUAUUCACAAUCAAAUGUAUCUGCCCGAUGUUACUGACGAGCUAGAUUUACUGUUUUAUACACUGACAAAUAUCAAAACUUUAUUACGAUUAGGAAGAGCAACUAACAAAUCUGAAGCAUUAAUAUAUUGUAAUUCGUCCGCGGCAGUGUAGACUACGUAAGAUGAAAUAAUGAAACAAUUUUAAAUUGGAUGCCAAAAUAGCGUUCUACUACUAAACAGUACUGUAUUAGUUACGAUAGAGGAUGAAAUAAAUACUACUAAACUAAAA